AUGUCAAAUAAUUUGAUAAAUCCUACACAUACACAAUACGGUGAGAAGCGAAAACGAACUAGAGUUGCUUGUGAUUCUUGUAGAAAAAGAAAAAGUAAAUGUGAUGGUGGUAAUCCAUGUUCAAAAUGUAAAGAAAAAGGUAGAAAAUGUGAAUACAUUAUAGUCCAAAAGGAAAGAAAGAAAAGAACCACCAAAAAUCAACAAACUAGAGAUCAUAAAGGUAUAGUGAAACCUAAUAACGGUAAUGAUGAAGCAACAAUAAAAAAGUUGAGUUCAAGAAUCAAUGUCUUGGAAAAUCUACUUGGUAAACUAAUAGGUAAAUUAGAUCCACAGGAUCAAGCUGAAUUUUUAGAGACAAAUAAUGAUCUUGAAAGCGGUAUUAGUUACGAUGAAGAACAUUUUGAAGAGCUUGGUAGUGGUAAAGAAAGUAAUUUUAUAAUGGAAUUGGAUUCAGAAUUGGAAUCCCAGGAAUCUGAAAAUGAAGUUUCAAUAGAAGACCCAAAAGUAAUGAAAGAUAUGUUAGCUCCGAGUGAACCGAAUUGUUUAACACUGCAUAUCAAACGCAAAAUGAUGCAAUAUUUUGGAGCGCAUUCAAUCUUUUAUAUAUUAUCAGCAAAAUCAUUAGACUGGAUUAAAAGCAAAAUCAUUGGUGGAGAGGGAAAUGAUGAUGAUAUUUUUGCACCUUUGAAACAGUUGCCAAUUGCUUUUAAAGCAGCUAUCAAAACAUCUACAAACUUACUUGCAGAACCAAAUUCAAUUCAACUUGAGAAGGAAAAAAUGUAUUUCAGAUUGGAAGAACAAGCAUUAAUCUUUGAAAUAUUAGAGUAUUACUAUGAAGAUUUAUAUAUAGCUCCAUUUCUUUGUGAUAUUUCAACAGUUAGAGAAUUAUUUCAAAUUUAUUUUUAUGGUUACUCAUCCAAUGAUAUUGGUAUAAUAGAAGAUUUUAUUUAUAGUGAGCUAUUAAUUAUGAAUACAUCUGUUUUGUUAUGUCUUAUAAAUUGGAAAAAGGGUCAAGAUAUUGAUUCAGUUAAAUUUCCCAAUUUGUCAAAAGUGACCAACAUUGUUGAAUUUGCAAAUAGAUUGUUCAACAACUCAAUGGAAUGUUACAAAAAGAUUUCAAAAUCUAAUGAAGGGUUAAGAGCAGUUCAAGGAAUAUCACUAUUGAUUAUUUAUAUUGAAAUAACUUUAAUUACUGAUUUUCAUGUUAAUUAUAUCUUAGUUAAUGAUCUUAUUGGAAUGGCUAAAGAAAUGGGACUACAUUCAAUUGAUUAUAUAGAUGCAGAAGAGGAUCAUAAAACCGCAAUGUUAAAGCGAAUUUUGUGGUGGUUUUGCGAGUAUAUUGCUUGUGAAGUUAGUUACAAAAGUGGCAAGACGAUGUUGAUAAAUAUGGAAGACGUAACAACAUUGACUGAAUUUGAUAAAUGUUUUUUGUCCAUACCAAAAUCACUAUUUUAUAACGAUAAAUAUAAAGAUAAUGCCAAUAAUAUUUUUAAAAAUGCACAAAAGUAUGGUUAUCAUUAUUAUUUUGCAUAUUUCGGGUUAAUGUUGACACGAAUAAAAAUGAAAAGUUAUAAUAAACUAUUUUCCAAAAUACCUACAAGUAUAAAUAUUCAAGGAAUUUUGACCAUCAUAAAUGAAAUUAAUGAGGAUUUUAGUAAAAUGAAUAAUUUGAUGUUAAAAGGUACCAAAUUAGACGACUGUGAAUUAAUUCCGGCUGAGAAUCCAUUUUCCUGCAAACAAGAUAUGUAUAAUUAUCAAUUGAUCCACUUGAGGUGCUCGUACUAUGCUCAUUUAUCUUCAAUUAAUAGAAUUCCAUUUAUCAAGAAUUUCAAAAUUGAAGAUGCUAGACUACUACUAUAUGGUAAUUUAUCUUUAAAUAGUUCAAGAAAAUUGUUAAACUUAGUCAACAAGAUUAAUAAAGAUUUAAUAAGUGUUUCUGGUAGAACAACCUUGUCAUUUUAUCCAUUAAUUGCAUUUUGUAGCUUGUUAGGUAAUUGUUUAAUGUUCUCGAAUGAAAAAUCAAGUCAUAGUGAUGGGUUAUUAUUGAUUAAAUCUGUAAAGUUUUUUCAAUUUGAGGAGGAAAUUGAUUAUUUGAAUAGUAAAGUAUUAUACUACGACUAUAUAACGAGAGCUUUAAUUAAAGUUUUGGUAAAUAAAGUUGAUUAUUUAAAUGAAGACUUAUUAGAAUUAUAUACAAAAGAACUGCUUUUAAAUCAAACAUUUUUUGAACAACUUCAUAAUAAUAACAAAAUAGUACAAUUAAGUUCAAAUCCUAGUCCUAUAAGUCAUAAUGAUAUAAGUAUAUCAAACGAUUUUAAUGCUUUUGACUUUGAUGUUGAUCAAAUACUAUCACAAUAUGCUUUAGAUAAUACAUUUAUAAAUAAUAUUAACUCAAAUGAUUAUGGGGAAUUGUCUUGGAACUCAAAUUUCAAUGAGAUACCAAUUUCAAAUAAUGUUAAUGGGUUUUUAUCAAAUGAAAUUAUAAAUUAA